GCACUAAGCAAUUUCAAACAACCGAGAAAAUGAGGGACCCACUUUCACAAUUUUAAUAUAAGCAAUUGGGGACUCUAAAACAUUCCCAAGAAGACCACUUUCACAUCCCUUACUCACUUUACUAGAUUUCAAUUUCUCAAUUCUUGUUACAAUUUUGUUCAAUAUAUGGGUGUUUGUGAUAUAGUGGCGAGUAAUCUAACGAUUAUCUACGUGGCAGUAACGGCGUUUGUUAAAGCUUAUGGGAUUUUAAAUGGAAGAAACUAUAGCGGUGUGUUUGUUGUGACUGUUUCAACAUCGUUAGUGGCUUUGAUUUUGUUUGCAACCUUAAUGAUGGAUUUGUGCCGUAAGUUUAAUAAUAAGUUGUUAAUUGUCGGCGAACAUCAUCCUCGUACAUCACACCGUGAGAUGUCGUGUAAAGGCGGAAUUUGUUGGCAUGGUGUGGCGGAGCGGUUGCCGGCGUCUCAGGUCAAAGGAGCUAUAUGACUCGGAGCUACGAUGAUGACAGACAGUGGAAGACAAUUAUUUGCGGUGUUUGAUGUUACUAAGGAUUCAAUACCCUAUUAUCAUCUAGUGGUUCAAUUGGGUGAUGCAUGAUGAAGUGAAAACUGUGCUUAAUAAGGAUUGUAUCUACUACUAUUAUGUACUUUGUCUUUUCUUGUUUCGACAAAAAAGAAGAAAGAAUUAGAAACCAACUAUAGGGUACAACUGAAAGAUCCAUGUUUGGACCCCUGACCUAAAUUAUAUUAGGGUAAAUAUUCAAUAUAAUGUUUAAUUUAAUUUCUAUAUAAUAUCAGUGUAAAUGUUUACAGAUGCAUUUAUUGGUGUAUUGUUACAUUAGAAAAUUAAUUAGUUUUAUUUAUUUAUUUUU